AAUUUCCUUCCAAUUUUCCGGCAAAAUCCGUCUGAUCAUCAAUCAAUUCACAGCCACCAAGUAGCGUCAUUCAAUUUGAUAGUUGAGAGCUUGGAAAUAGAGAACUAGCUUAUCCAUGGCGUCCGCAAUUCUGAAGCGAGUCAACGCCUCCGCAAUGAACUCGCUGGUUGAAUCUCUACGAAUCGGAGCUUCAUCGCGAGCCUAUGCGGCGGUGGCGGUCGGGACCGACAUCGUCUCUGCCGCACCGGACGUUUCUCUCCAGAAGGCUCGGAGCUGGGACGAAGGCGUGUCCUCCAAGUUCUCUACGACUCCGAUUAAAGACAUUUUCAAGGGCAAGAAGGUCGUCAUCUUUGGGCUUCCUGGUGCAUAUACAGGAGUUUGUUCCCAGCAACACGUUCCUAGUUACAAGAACAAAAUCAAUGAGUUCAAGGCUAAAGGAAUUGAUUCUGUAAUUUGCGUGUCUGUCAAUGAUCCAUACGCUCUCAAUGGUUGGGCUGAGAAACUUGAAGCGAAAGAUGCUGUACAAUUUUUUGGGGACUUUGAUGGGAGCUUUCACAGGAGCCUGGAACUGGAGAAAGAUCUUUCUGCUGCUUUGCUCGGUCGUCGCUCUCAAAGAUGGUCAGCAUUUGUUGUAGAUGGGACUGUUAAGGCUCUUAACAUAGAGGAAGCUCCAUCUGACUUUAAGGUUUCUGGUGCAGAGGUCAUUUUGGGUCAAAUUUAGAGUCAGUUUCCAAUUUCCAUAGCAACCAACACGAGCUCUUGGGUUCAAAAUAAGACCAAGCAUGUAAAUCAGUGGUGUGUCCCAAAGGAUUUUGUUGGUUUGUUUCUCUGAAGUUAAUCCCAAGUGACAAUUGCUUGGCUUUCACUUAUUGUCCUUCUCAUAUCAAAUUAUCUGACUCGGAUUCAUCAGCUUAUUAAUUGUGGUGGGUAGAAAAAUAUUUUAUGUA